UCGAGUCCCCGUGGCCAGCAGAGCGGGGUAGUUCACGGGCAAGCAUCCAUUUCCUUGCGUGCAACAUUAAAAACGCAGCGGUGCAGCGGGCGGCGAGGCGGGGAACGUUCGGCGUGUAGAGACAGACCGCAGGUUGGCCCCGGUCCCUCGCGGGUCCCCGGGGGCCGGAAUGUCGGGCGCCUCGGGUCAGCGCGCGCCCCUCCUCCGGCCUGAGUCACGGCGCCGCCGGAGUCCCCACGCGAUCAUGCUCCGCUGAGCGCGGCCCGGACGCCGGGGGCCCUGGGGCGCAGCGUCGGGCGGUCGGGCUGUGGGGCGCCCAGCGCCGCCACUGCUCGCGAAGCCAGGCCCCGGGCGUGCUCCUCGCAGGCCGGCUCGCCGGGCCCGCCUCCCAGCCGCGUCCCUGACCCCUCGCGGACGACACAGCGGCGCCCGAGCCGUGCGUCCCCGCGCGCCCGCGCCCUGCCCUCCCUCCAUGGCGUUUAUCCGGAAGAAGCGGCGGGAGCAGCAGCUGCAGCUCUACUCCAAGGAGAGAUUUUCCUUGCUCCUACUUAACUUGGAGGAAUACUACUUUGAACAACACACAGCUAAUCAUAUUCAGAACAAGGGCGAUCAGAAUGAAAGGAAAAUCAGAGGCUCCUUAAAAAUAUGUUCAAAGUCAGUUAUUUUUGAACCAGAUGCAAUAUCCCAACCCAUCAUUAAGAUUCCUUUGAGAGAUUGUAUAAAAAUAGGCAAACAUGGAGAAAAUGGAUCCAAUAGACACUUGGCAAAGGCAAAAUCUGGGGAGAUUUCACUCAUUUUCAGUCAGGUAUAUUUCAUUAAAGAACACAACAUUGUUGCCCCAUAUAAAAUUGAAAGGGGCAAAAUGGAGUAUGUCUUUGAAUUGGAUGUUUCAGGGAAAGUGGAAGAUGUUGUGGAGACCUUGCUUCAGCUUCACAGAGCGUCCCGCCUUGACAAACUAGGGGACCAAACUGCUAUGAUAACAGCUAUUUUGCAGUCACGUUUGGCUAGGACGUCAUUUGACAAAAACAGAUUCCAGAGUGUUUCUGAAAAGCUGCACAUGGAAUGCAAAGCAGAAAUGGUGACUCCGCUGGUGACGAAUCCUGGACACGUGUGCAUCACCGACACAAACCUGUAUUUUCAGCCUCUCAAUGGGUACCCGAAACCUGUGGUCCAGAUAACACUCCAAGAUGUCCGCCGCAUUUACAAAAGGAGGCACGGCCUCAUGCCUUUGGGCUUGGAAGUGUUUUGCACAGAAGACGACCUCUGUUCUGACAUCUACCUAAAGUUCUAUGAACCUCAAGAUAGAGAUGACCUCUAUUUUUAUAUUGCCACAUAUCUAGAGCACCAUGCGGCGGAGCGCACAGCGGAGAGCUACAUGCUGCAGUGGCAGCGCGGGCACCUGUCCAACUACCAGUACCUCCUGCACCUCAACAACCUGGCGGACCGCAGCUGCAACGACCUCUCUCAGUACCCCGUGUUCCCGUGGGUCAUCGGCGACUACUGCAGUGCCGAACUGGAUUUGUCAAAUCCAGGAAUAUUCCGGGAUCUUAGCAGGCCAGUAGGGGCUCUAAACAAGGAACGGCUGGAGAGACUCCUGACCCGCUACCAGGAAAUGCCAGAGCCAAAGUUCAUGUACGGCAGUCACUACUCUUCCCCUGGCUACGUGCUCUUUUAUCUUGUGAGGAUCGCGCCCGAGUACAUGCUGUGUCUGCAGAAUGGAAGAUUUGAUAACGCAGAUAGAAUGUUCAACAGUAUCGCAGAAACUUGGAAAAACUGUUUGGAUGGCGCAACUGAUUUUAAAGAGUUGAUUCCAGAAUUCUAUGGUGAUGAUGUCAGCUUUUUAGUCAAUAGUCUGAAGUUGGAUCUGGGAAAGAGACAAGGUGGACAGAUGGUUGAUGAUGUGGAACUCCCACCCUGGGCACGGAGUCCCGAGGACUUUCUCCAGAAGAGCAAAGACGCAUUGGAAAGCAAUUAUGUGUCAGAGCACCUUCAUGAGUGGAUCGAUCUAAUAUUCGGCUACAAGCAAAAAGGGAGUGAUGCCGUUGGGGCCCAUAACGUAUUUCAUCCCCUGACCUAUGAAGGAGGCGUAGACUUGAACAGCAUCGAGGACCCUGACGAGAAAGUAGCCAUGCUGACCCAAAUCUUGGAGUUUGGCCAGACGCCAAAACAGCUCUUUGUGACACCACAUCCUCGACGGAUCACCCCAAAGUUUAAGAAUUUCUCCCAAACCUGCAGUCAUAAUGCUCCCAUGGCAGAUUCUCCAGUCUCUCCAGGUGAAGAGUCUUUUGAAGACCUGACUGAAGAAAGCAAAAGCCUGGCUUGGAAUAACAUCACCAAACUGCAGUUACAUGAGCAAUAUAAAAUCCACAAAGAGGCAGUUACUGGAAUAGCCGUCUCUUGCAACGGGUCUUCCGUCUUUACAACCUCACAAGAUUCCACCUUGAAGAUGUUCUCCAAGGAAUCCAAAAUGCUACAAAGAAGUAUAUCGUUUUCAAAUAUGGCUUUGUCAUCUUGUUUACUUUUGCCAGGCGAUGCCACUGUCAUAAGUUCUUCAUGGGAUAAUAAUGUCUAUUUUUACUCCAUAGCAUUUGCAAGGCGCCAGGACACGUUAAUGGGCCACGACGACGCCGUCAGUAAGAUCUGUUGGCGUGACAACCGACUGUAUUCCGCAUCGUGGGACUCCACGGUGAAGGUGUGGUCCGGUGUUGCUGCAGAAAUGACAUGCACCAGAAGACAGCGGUUUGACAUGCUCGCUGAGCUGGAACACGAUGUCAGUGUAGAUACAAUUAGUUUAAAUGCUGCAAGUACACUGUUGGUUUCAGGCACCAAAGAAGGCACAGUGACUAUUUGGGACCUCACUACAGCCACUGUAUUGCACCAGAUCCCAUGCCAUUCAGGGACCGUAUGUGAUACUGCUUUUAGCCCAGACAGUCGUCACGUCCUCAGCGCGGGGGAAGAUGGCUGUCUAAACGUCAUAGAUGUGCAGACAGGAAUGCUCAUCUCUUCUAUGACUUCAGACGAGCCCCAGAGAUGCUUUAUCUGGGAUGGAAAUUCUGUUUUAUCUGGAAGUCAGUCUGGUGAGCUGCUCGUUUGGGACCUGCUCGGAGGAAAAAUCAGUGAGAGAAUACAGGGCCAUACAGGUGCUGUAACAUGUAUAUGGAUGAACGAACAGUGUAGCAGUAUCAUCACGGGAGGGGAAGACAGACAAAUUAUGUUCUGGAAAUUGCAGUAUUAAGUGCCUUUUCCUCUCUUGAAUGUUAAAUUGAACUCAGUGUAUUUUUAAACCAGACUUUUAAAUGAACUGGUGAAUGUGCAAUGAUAGUAAUGAGAAGUUUUACCACGAGACAUUUGUGGUUUUAAACUUCCUAAAUCAUGGCGACUUCAUUGAAAGCCAUUAGUUGCCGUCCUCUAAGGCAUACAAAGAUAUGGCAGUGUUAAGGAAAAAACAUUACAUUUGUAAGGCAGAUGGUCAUCCCAGUAUGCUGAUGGUCAGAAGGCAGGUUCGGGUGGCAAAGUAGGUAAGAGAUACUAAACUGAGAUGGGAAAACUUUCAGAAAACACUGAACAAUUUUGAAUUUUCCAAGAAAACGUGCAGUAUUCUCUACUACUUCUGAGUCACUCUAUUUUGUCUUCCUAACCUACAGAAAUGCUGCCCAUUGGGUUUGGGGGUAUGUGUUUUCUUGGAGUGGUUACUUUGUAUAACCUACUGUCCUCAGAUUCUAAGAACCUGGGGAAGAUUAGCAAUUCUUGUAACAGUAAGUUUACUGUGUAUAGGAACAGUUUAUUUCAUUAUAGCUAUCAAAUGCUCUUUUCUACAUUAAAAAUAUUUUUCUGUAAUGAAA